ACCCCCGUGCGCCGAGCCUGGGCGGGGCGGGCAGACGCGGGCCCGGAACCGUGAAGCGAGGUGCCUCCCGCUUUCCCGGCGCCGGGUCCCGGGGCCGCCAUGGAGCCCCGGGCGGUUGCGGAUGCCGUGGAGACGGGGGAGGAGGACGUAGUUAUGGAGGCUCUGCGCGCAUACAACCGGGAGAACUGCCAGAGCUUCACGUUUGAUGAUGCCCAACAGGAGGAUAGGAAGAGACUGGCGGAGCUGCUGGUUUCGGUCCUGGAGCAGGGCCUGCCACCUUCCCGCCGCAUCAUCUGGCUGCAGAGCAUCCGCAUCUUGUCUAGGGACCGCAGCUGCCUGGACUCAUUCACCAGCCGCCGGAGCCUGCAGGCACUUGCCUGCUACGCUGGCAUCUCCGCCUCCCAGGGCUCGGUCCCCGAACCCCUGGACAUGGAUGUUGUGCUUGAGUCCCUUAAAUGCCUGUGCAACCUUGUGUUAAGCAGCCCCGUGGCACAGGUGCUGGCGGCAGAGGCGGGGCUCGUGGUGAGGCUCGCAGAGCGAGUGGGACUGUACCGCCAGAGUAGCUUCCCGCACGACGUCCAGUUCUUUGACUUGCGCCUCCUCUUCUUGCUAACGGCACUUCGCGCCGAUGUGCGCCAGCAGCUGUUUCAGGAGCUGCAGGGAGUGCACCUGCUGACCGAAGCGCUGGAGCUGACGCUGGGAAUGACCCCUGGAGAGAGGCCCCCUGAGCUCCUGCCUCCCCAGGAGACUGAGCGCGCCAUGGAGAUCCUCAAAGUGCUCUUCAACAUCACCUUCGACUCCAUCAAGAGGGAAGUGGAUGAGGAAGACACUGCCCUUUACCGGCACCUGGGGACCCUUCUGCGGCACUGCGUGAUGGUUGCUGCUGCUGGAGACCGCACAGAGGAGUUCCACGGGCACACAGUGAACCUCCUGGGGAACUUGCCCCUCAAAUGUCUGGACGUUCUUCUCACCCUGGAACCCCACGAAGGCUCUUUGGAGUUCCUGGGAGUGAACAUGGAUGUGAUUGGUGUUCUCCUGAGCUUCCUGGAGAAGCGUCUGCACCAGACGCACAGGCUGAAGGAGAGCGUGGCCCCCGUGCUGAGCGUGCUGACGGAGUGUGCCCGCGUGCACCGCCCCGCCAGGAAGUUCCUGAAGGCCCAGGUGCUGCCCCCGCUGCGGGAUGUGAGGACCCGGCCCGAGGUGGGGGAGCUGUUGCGGAACAAGCUGGUUCGCCUCAUGACGCACCUGGACACCGAUGUGAAGAGGGUGGCCGCCGAGUUCCUGUUUGUCCUGUGCUCUGAGAGCGUGCCCCGAUUCAUCAAGUACACAGGCUACGGGAAUGCUGCCGGCCUCCUGGCAGCUAGGGGCCUCAUGGCAGGGGGCCGGCCUGAGGGCCAGUACUCGGAGGACGAGGACACGGACACAGACGAGUACAAGGAAGCCAAGGCCAGCAUAAACCCCGUGACGGGGAGGGUAGAGGAGAAGCCGCCCGACCCCACGGCGGGCAUGACGGAGGAGCAGAAAGAACACGAGGCCGUGAAGCUGGUGACCAUGUUUGACAGGCUCUCCAGAACUGGUGCUGCUUCCAGAGAAGUCCUUGGGGCCAGGACCUGGGGAAGCCACACCCCUCCCUGCCACUUGGAGGCCCUCUUCUCUUUACUCCCAGAGUUCUACUCGUGAUUUGCCUCUGGUCCAUUUCCUUCUCUUUAGGGCUGCGAGGGUCUUGUCCUACGAACUCUGGGAACUCAGCCUUGGUUUCCGCAAGUGAAGUGGUUUCUUUUAUGUGUGCCUGAGGGCAGGGCUUAACUGAAGGCAAAAAUGUACAUGGGUUUGGGAGGGCGGGGGCUGAGUGUGGGCGCAGGCAGACACAGCACAUCCACAGCUGGCAGGCAGGCCCAGAGCUGGUGUUGGGCAAGCACCACAUUUCACAGGGGAAAGAACCUGCUGGAACUUUAUAUGCUAAUGCCAGAAACACACUUCCAAGGUAUGAUCUGCUGUUUUUGUCCCCACUGAGUGCAGGGCUGGUAGCCUCUUGCAUUCUCGGUCCUGGCUCAGUGCCCAAGUUCUCUGGUUGUGACAGUUGAGUCUCGAUCCUUCCCACUGGUUUCAACCAUAAAUACAUGAAGGAAAAUGUCUCUCCUGAAACCAUAAGUCUAGAUUUCUAUCAUGCACCACAGAGCUUCACGGAAACAUUAUUCUGGAAUAAAGAGUUCCAGGCAAGAAUGUUUGUGUGUGAAUAUAUGUGCAAGAUAUCAAGUAAAGGCACG